AUGACUGAGGGAAAGGUAGUUGAAGCUCACAAAACACUUGGGGAUUUCGAUCCUCCCAAGAAGCCCAAAAGAAACAAGUAUGCUUUUGGUUGCGCCAUGUUGGCCUCCAUGACAUCCAUUUUACUUGGCUACGAUAUCGGGGUGAUGAGUGGUGCAGCCCUGUACAUAAAGAAGGACCUAGGUGUGUCGGACGUGCAAAUCGAGAUACUGAUGGGAAUCAUCAACCUGUACUCUCUGAUAGGGUCGUGCCUGGCCGGCAGAACCUCCGACUGGAUAGGGCGGCGAUACACCAUUGUAUUCGCCGGCGUCAUCUUCUUCGUCGGAGCACUUCUCAUGGGAUUCUCCCCCAACUAUUCCUUUCUCAUGUUCGGGCGUUUCGUGGCGGGCAUCGGCAUCGGCUACGCCCUCAUGAUCGCCCCUGUCUACACCGCCGAGGUCUCCCCGGCCUCCUCUCGUGGCUUCCUCACGUCCUUCCCGGAGGUUUUUAUCAAUGGAGGGAUAUUACUGGGAUACAUAUCUAACUACGCAUUUUCGAAGAUGACAUUGAAGUUGGGAUGGCGAAUGAUGCUUGGAGUGGGUGCAAUUCCUUCGGUAAUCCUAACAGUGGGGGUGUUGGCGAUGCCGGAAUCUCCACGGUGGCUGGUGAUGAGGGGGCGUUUGGGAGAGGCGACAAAAGUGCUGAACAAAACCUCGGACACGAAGGAAGAAGCUCAACUGAGGCUAGCCGACAUCAAAGAAGCCGCAGGGAUCCCGGAGAGUUGCAACGAGGACGUCGUUGAGGUAGCGAAACAAAGCACGGGUGAGGGCGUAUGGAAAGAGCUCUUCCUCUAUCCAACGCCCGCGAUUCGUCACAUCUUAAUUGCAGCCCUCGGGAUUCACUUCUUCCAACAAGCCUCGGGCGUGGACGCCGUCGUUUUAUACAGCCCCAGAAUCUUCGAGAAGGCUGGGAUCACCGACGACACGCACAAGCUUCUCGCAACGGUGGCCGUUGGAUUCGUGAAGACCAUGUUCAUCUUGGUGGCGACUUUUAUGCUGGACCGCGUGGGUCGUCGUCCAUUGUUAUUGUCUAGUGUUGGGGGCAUGGUGUUGUCGCUGCUCACGCUCGCAAUCAGCCUCACCGUCAUCGAUCACUCGGAGAGGAAACUAAUGUGGGCCAUUGGAUUGAGCAUAUCCAUGGUGUUAGCCUACGUGGCGACGUUUUCCAUCGGUGCGGGACCCAUCACGUGGGUGUACAGCUCCGAGAUCUUUCCUUUGAGGUUGCGGGCGCAGGGUGCGGCUGCGGGUGUUGUGGUGAAUAGAACCACAAGUGGGGUUAUUUCAAUGACCUUUUUGUCCCUCACCAAGGCCAUCACUAUCGGUGGAGCUUUCUUCCUCUAUUUUGGCAUUGCCACCGUGGGCUGGUUAUUCUUUUACCUCGUGCUUCCUGAGACACGGGGUAGAACACUUGAAGACAUGGAAGGGUCUUUUGGUACUUUCAGAGCCAAAUCCAACACCUACAAGGGAGAAAAUGGAAAUGCCCCACCCCACCACCACCAACAACAACAGCUCCAGUUGGGGACCAAUCUCCAAACUUAA